AGCAGCCGCGACCCCACGCCCGCCUCCGGCCGAGUCACGUGUCAGCCAAAGAUGGCUGCGCGCGGGCGAGCUGGGUAGAGGUUGCCGUGAGCCCCAGCCUUGCUGAGGAAGACUGGAGGAGGCACCCGCUGCUGGGAGGAGAGCAUAAGGCUCAAGAUGGAAGAUCAUGAACCAGAUGAUACUGUCAAGGAAAAAAUUUUUUAUAUCAUAACCAGAAAAAUUAACCAACUUCCAGAAGCAGAAAGGAAUCUACUUGAACAUGGAUCAACAUAUAUCGGACUUAAUGCUGCUCUCUGUGGCCUAAUAGCAAACAGCCUUUUUCGACGUGUCUUAAAUGUGACACAGGCUCGUAUAGCUGCUGGCUUACCAAUGGCGGUGAUCCCAUUUUUGACGGCGCAUUUAUCUUACAAAGGUUUUGUAAGUUUCCCGUUGAAUACAGGUGACUUGAAUUGUGAAACCUGUACCAUAACACGGGGUGGACUGGUUGGUCUUGUUUUUGGUGGUCUGUACCCUGUUAUCUUGGCUAUACCUGUGAAUGGUGGCCUAGCAGCCAGGUAUGAGUCAGCCCCGCUACCAGAGAAAGGAAACAUCUUAACUUACUGGACUAGAAUCUCUAAGCCCAUCUUUAGAAAGAUGUUAUUUCCCAUUUUGCUUCAGACUGGGUUUGCAGCCUACCUUGGGUCUAGACAAUAUAAACUAGUGAUAAAGGCUCUUCAGUUACCUGAACCUGGCCUAGAAUUUCAGUGAUGAUUAAGCAAAUGUGUAAGCAAAAAUAAAAUUGCAAAAAUAACCUA